AGAGCCAAUGAAGAAGUCGCUGAUUUACGACAGGAAUUGGAAGGGAAGCAGCGACGAAUUGAGGAGGUGGAGGGUCGGAUGAACACCUUAAAAAUGCAGGUUGCGGAGAUGGAGAAUGCUUUUGGCAGAUCCGAAACGAGGGUUGACGAAACCUCUCAGCGUCUGCAGAUGGAACGUGAGGAGACUGCGCGACUGCAGUUCCAAAUAGAUUCGAUGACGACUGAAAGAGAUAAGUUACAGCAAGAGCUUGAUGAGAUUUUCCAAGCGAAAACAAACCUCCAAAAGCAGAACAAGUACUUGGAGAAAAAGUACCUUAGUGCUGUUUGCGAACGGGACGAGGCCGCAACUGACUGCUCAAAGUUAAACAGCGAACUUAAAGAGGCCGAGAAGAGGCUGCAUGACUUCGAGGCUGACGCUUUAUCCUGGGCCUCCAAGUAUCAGGUAUGGCAGAUUUUACUGUAA